CCUCCUCAAUUCAUCAUCAUUGAUCAUCAGUCAUCACGAUCAAAAAUGCAUAGUACAUAAAGUAUCCAUUAAAACGAAGAUCUAGUCUCUCUCACAACACAAAACUUCAACUAAUAUCGCAAAUAUCAGUUUCUCUUUGUAUAAGUGUUUAUUACAUUAAAGUAAACCAACUCAGGCAAGUCUAUGAUCAUGGCUUCUUCUGCUGCUGCAUCGAUCUCUUUGAUAACUCUAAGGAACCUCUCUCGCAAUCAUCAAUCUCACCUAAGCUCUCUUCUUGGUUUCUCUAGAUCCUUCCAUAACCAAAGGAUCUCAUCUAACGGUCCAGGUUUCUCCAAACGAGCAAGAUCCACCACUUCCUCCACUAAAGUUUUCUUCAGAACCAUUUGCAGCAGCAGCAGCAGCGACAACUCCAGACCAACUAAGAUCCAAGAGCUUAACGUGUACGAGUUCAACGAAGGUGAUCGAAACAGUCCAGCGGUUCUAAAACUCGGAAAAAAACCAGAUCAGCUUUGUCUCGGCGAUCUUGUCCCCUUCACAAACAAACUCUACACCGGAGAUCUCACAAAACGCAUAGGAAUCACCGCAGGUCUCUGCGUUUUGAUCCAACAUGUUCCAAAGAUGAAUGGUGAUCGCUUUGAAGCUUCUUACAGUUUCUACUUCGGAGAUUACGGUCACAUAUCAGUACAAGGACCUUAUCUCACUUAUGAGGACACGUUUCUUGCUAUCACCGGUGGCUCCGGCGUCUUUGAAGGAGCGUACGGACAAGUCAAGCUUCGUCAGCUUGUGUAUCCGACGAAGUUGUUUUACACUUUUUACUUGAAAGGUGUUGUUGCUGAUUUGCCGGUGGAGCUUACCGGGAAACAUGUGGAGCCGUCGAAGGAUGUGAAACCGGCGGCGGAAGCUCAGGCGACUCAGCCCGGCGCUACGAUCGCUAACUUUACUAAUUGAAAUCGAAUCAUUGUGUGUCUGUGUGUUUCUUUGUCAUGGAUCUUUAUUGGGCUGUUUCAUUGUGUUAACAUUUUAAUAAUGGGCCUUUGUAUUGGGCUUUUUAAUGUGUACUAUAGAGCCGACUCGUAAUGCGUAUAAUGUCUCUACAAAGCUGGAUUUAAGCGCGUGAA